AUGUAUAAACAAUUUUGGAACCUACUAUUAAAAAAAAUUGAUGAAGAUAAAUUAAUAAGACUUGAGCAACAUGUAACCCAACAUUUAAAAACUCAUGAAGCAAAGCAAUGGGAGUGUGAUGUAUGCAGUAAAAUGUUUACUACAGAAUACUUCCUGAAGAAACAUAAAAGAUUGCAUUCUGGAGAAAUGCCAUACAAGUGUAAUAUAUGCAACAAGACAUUUACAUUUCAACAGUCUUAUCAUAAACACAGAUUGUAUCACAAAGAUGAUAAACCACACACGUGCACCACUUGUGACCGGUCCUUCAAAGAGCUUUCGAUGUUGCACAAUAAUGAGAGAAUUCAUACCGGUGAAAAACCUUUCGCAUGCGAAACUUGUGUUCAAACAGCAGAAGCCAAAGAAUCGUUAUCAGAUCACUCUGAAAAUUCCUCAGGUGGAAAUGAUGUCAUCCCUGAAAUAGAUAAAGAUAAAAAUCUCGGAAUCUCAGAAGUAAAACAAGAGAAUAAAUUUGUCCUGGUAGUUGACAAUGGUCAGCCGAUCUUAAAACACGAGCAGGAAAUAAAUUCAACUUUGUCUCAAGAGUGCAGCUCACUGUUGCAAGAAUCACUCCAAAUAAAUGAUCCCGAUGAUUUUUAUCCAUUUUUCGUUAUCAGAAUCAAAAACUUCGACGAGCCUUUUCAAGAAGCUCCAGACCUUUAUAAAGACAUAAAACAUGCCAUCGACGGUAUCCUGCAAGAAAGACGGGAAAUAAAUGCUCUAGAGACGAUAAACGAUGAAUCAUUUAAACAAUUGUUGUAUGAAAUAGACAAAAAAAUUUGA